UGUUUUCAGAAGUAACAACUGUCCAGUCUGACUUUGCUAACAGAUGUCAGAGUGUGUCUCAGGGUCGGCUUGGAUCUCAGCAUAAAAGAGGUGUUAUCUGCAUAACUCUGCGCACUUAGUAUUUACACAAUUGAAAGGAAGUAAAAAUUUAGAAGGCUUGGGUAAAGCUACACUACCGCCAUGAGGUCUUCCCCAAAUAAUGUUUUCCUUAAUUCUUUAAGUCAGUGCUUCUCAAACUUCACGUGACUGUGAACCAUCUGGGGUCUCGUUCAGAAGCAGAAUUCAGUAGGUCCAGAGUGGGGCCUGAGGUUCUGCAUUUCUAACAAGCCGUCAGGCACUGUCGAUGCCAAGGGUCCUAGCACCAUACUCUGGGUAUAGGCUUUAAACUGACGCUUUGUUACUUUGCCCGUGAUUUUUACAGUUUUAUGAUUUUACCUGUCAUUUCAUUGCUUGUGGAUAGUUAUCUUUUUAGUAAGUUCUCUGAUAAAAUACAUGUAACUUUUUAAAAAAAUGUCAUAUUUUUAUGUAAAUAACACAUGUACUAUAUAUUUUCUGCCAGGUGAGCUGUGCCGUGCAUUAUAUGUGAGCUCAUUAUUUGAGGAAAAUACAGUAGUUUACCGUAUUUUCUUUGAAGAGUGAGCAUCCGUAAUGCUUUCUUUAAAGAACAGCUUUAUUGAGGUAUAAGUCACAUGCCAUGAAAUGUAUUCUUUUAAAGUGUCCAAGUCAUUGAUUUUAGUGUAUUCCCAGAGUUGUGUAACCAUUGCUGCCUAAUGCAUAAUACUUUGAGGAUAGACAGAUUUAAAGGGGGAAAAAUUCAAUAAUACGAACACACCUUUUAAGGCGUUCGUUUAUGCAUAAGAGUAGAUUUUUUAGUUGUUUUUCUCUGGAGUGGCUUUUUUAAUAGUGUUCAUUCAUUCAGCAAAUAUUUAUUGAGUGCUUACUGUGUGUCAAGCACUGCCUGGGAACUAAGGCUGUGGCGGAGACAAAAGAGCAAUUUCUGCCCUCAUGGAACCUGCAUUCUAGUGGAGCGAGAUAGAUGGUAAACAAAUAAGUAAAUUAUAUGGUGUAUCAGAUAGAAAUAAGUGCUCUGGAGAGAAAUGAGACAUGGGCAGGAAGAGGUUAUAAUUUAAAUGGAAUAAUUAGCAGAAGCUCCAGUAUUGUAUGUAAUAAGGUAGUUUUUAAGGGUAACAGAAUUAAUGAGGUUUUUUGUUCUGGCUUUGGCCAUUUCAGACUUCAGUAGUAUAGUUUUAGCUUUAGAAACUGAAAAAUGUAGACUCUUAAGUGAGGUAUUCUUUCUCUCUCUCCUCCACUGAGUUAAAGGGUGUGUGAAUCCCUAUUACAUAGCAGUACCAUGGUGGUGGGCAUUGUUGGGCGUACUAACCCUGUCCUCAGUUAUAGCCUGAACUGACCACUGUUUUAUUAAAUUUCUAGCUUAGUAAUGAGUGCCUUUUUUUCCCUGUCUUUAUGUAUAUGAGAUAUAUUCCUGAUGAUUUAUACUGGCAUGUACUAGCACCCUAUCAGUCUCUUGGGAUGAGGAGAAGAAUAUCGAAUAGACAGUUUCUCCUUCCAAAGAGCUUCUUUUUCUUUUCCUUAAUUGUGGGAUGUAAGUUUUAAUAUCUAAUAUAGAAUACUAUGUAAUUUCGAUACAGAACUGAUUGCUUGGAAGUUGUAGUGUGGUUGUUUAUGAAGUAGAGGGCUAGGAGCCUUCUAAAGGAGCAUGCAAGAAGUGCUUGUAGAUAACGUAACACUAACUUUUUCUCCACUGAUGGAUGGGAUUUAAAUUCCCAGACAACACUGAUCUCUGUGGCUCCGUUCCUGCCGCCCACCCUUUAUGGCUGUGGUUUUACGCUCAAGGUUGUCUUCCUAAACUAGCUGCAACCUGGCACCGAGGUGUCAGUUAGAAGAUCAUUUUAGUUGUCUUCUAGCUGGCAUCCGCUUUUGUGGUUUUUAUGAUAACGUUUUCUGCUCUGGAAAGCAGGACUGUGGCCCUAACCUAGCUGAGGUGAAGGACAGCGUCUGGGAUGGCUCCCGAGGGACUUGUGGGUGGUCAGCGGUUAUGGGAAGCUGCUUUUCGUUAGGGUCUUUAAACUUAAUAAGAAGACCUGCUGCUUUUAUUUGAGUAGCUUUCCCCUCUUCCUGUGAUUCACUCAAGCAGUUCUGCUUUGAGAUUUCAGUUCCAGAAGUCCAUUGCUAUAUUUUUAAAAAGUUUGAAAACCACUGGUGUAGAAGACGACUGGGUUCAUUAUUUGGAUCUUUAUUCUGAGGGAAGGAGGAAGAUAAGGAAUUCCGAGAUUAAUUUUUUUUAUUUCCGAAUAAAAACUUCUUUUUGCCUCAAAAGUUAGUAAGUACCACUAAAUUGGGUAAGAUUGGAUCUACCUUGGUGAUAGCACCAAGUUUUGUUUUAUUACUAAAGCCAGUGAGGUGUCGCAAAGUAACACCGCUCUUCUGCUUUCGGUAUUUGUGUUAAAUCAGUAUUUGUGUUAUCAAAGAGUUCUGGUUAAGAUGUUUCUUGAUAAAUGGUUUUAAAGUUUCCCAUGCCCAUAUUUCCUUCUGAGUUACUUGAAUGUUUUCAUCCUUAAGCUUAAUACAGGAUGCUGAUGGGAAGAUUGGUGUUCUUUGGUUUAUGAACUGAUGUAAGCAAUGGUACACUAAAGAAAGAUUCUUCUAAUAAAGAAGUAGCAAGAAUAUGGAUAAACGACAUGAAAAUGAACUUUUCCCCAACUAUGAAGGUUCCUGUUGUAAAAGAGGAAGAUGAACCAGAGGAAGAAGACGAAGAAGAAAUGGGUCACGCAGAAACCUAUGCAGAGUAUAUGCCAAUAAAAUUAAAAAUUGGCCUACGUCACCCAGAUGCUGUAGUGGAAACUAGCUCUUUAUCCAGUGUUACUCCACCUGAUGUAUGGUACAAAACCUCCAUUUCUGAAGAAACCAUUGAUAAUGGCUGGUUGUCAGCAUUACAGCUUGAGGCAAUUACAUAUGCAGCCCAGCAACAUGAAACGUUCCUGCCUAAUGGAGACCGUGCUGGCUUCUUAAUAGGCGACGGUGCUGGCGUAGGGAAAGGGAGGACCAUCGCAGGCAUCAUCUACGAGAAUUAUCUGUUGAGUAGAAAAAGAGCGUUAUGGUUCAGUGUUUCAAAUGAUUUGAAGUAUGAUGCUGAAAGAGAUUUGAGGGAUAUUGGAGCAAAAAACAUUUUGGUCCAUUCAUUAAAUAAGUUUAAAUAUGGAAAAAUUUCCUCCAAACAUAAUGGAAGUGUGAAAAAGGGAGUUAUUUUUGCUACCUAUUCUUCCCUUAUUGGGGAGAGUCAGUCUGGCGGUAAAUACAAAACCAGGUUAAAACAACUUCUACAUUGGUGCGGUGAUGACUUCGAUGGAGUGAUAGUGUUUGAUGAAUGUCAUAAAGCAAAAAACUUAUGUCCUGUUGGUUCUUCAAAGCCAACUAAGACAGGCUUAGCAGUUUUAGAGCUUCAGAACAAAUUGCCAAAAGCCAGAGUUGUUUAUGCUAGUGCCACUGGUGCUUCUGAGCCACGCAACAUGGCCUAUAUGAACCGCCUUGGAAUAUGGGGUGAGGGAACUCCAUUUAGAGAAUUCAGUGAUUUUAUUCAAGCAGUUGAGCGGAGAGGUGUCGGUGCCAUGGAAAUAGUUGCUAUGGAUAUGAAGCUUAGAGGGAUGUACAUUGCUCGACAGCUGAGCUUUACUGGAGUGACCUUCAAAAUUGAGGAAGUUCUUCUAUCUCAGAGUUAUGUAAAAAUGUAUAACAAAGCAGUUAAGCUGUGGGUGCUUGCCAGAGAGCGAUUUCAGCAAGCUGCAGAUCUGAUAGAUGCCGAACAGCGAAUGAAGAAAUCCAUGUGGGGCCAGUUCUGGUCUGCGCACCAGAGAUUUUUCAAAUACUUGUGCAUAGCAUCCAAAGUUAAAAGGGUUGUGCAACUAGCUCGAGAAGAAAUCAAGAAUGGAAAAUGUGUCGUAAUUGGCCUGCAGUCUACGGGAGAAGCUAGGACUUUAGAAGCCUUGGAAGAGGGCGGGGGAGAACUGAAUGAUUUUGUUUCAACAGCCAAAGGAGUGCUGCAGUCACUCAUUGAAAAGCACUUCCCUGCUCCAGACAGGAAAAAACUUUAUAGUUUGCUAGGAAUAGAUUUGACAGCUCCAAGUAACAACAGUUCACCAAGAGAUAGUCCUUGUAAAGAAAGUAAAAUGAAGAAGCGGAAAGGUGAAGAAAUAACUCGAGAAGCCAAGAAAGCACGAAAAGUCGGUGGCCUUACAGGCAGCAGCUCUGAUGAUAGCGGCAGCGACUCUGACGCCUCCGAUAAUGAGGAAAGUGACUACGAGAGCUCUAAGAACAUGAGCUCCGGAGAGGACGACGAUUUCAACCCAUUUAGAGAAGAGUCUAGUGAGGACGAUGAAGACGAUCCCUGGUUAAUCAGAAAAGACCACAAGAAAAGCAAAGAUAAAAAAAAGAAGAAAAGCAUAGAUCCCGAUUCUAUUCAAAGUGCCUUAUUAGCAUCAGGUCUUGGAUCAAAACGACCUAGUUUUUCGUCUGCGCCGGUUAUCUCACCUGCUCCCAGCAGCGCACCAGCUAACAGCAGCGCCAACAGUAACAGUAGCCUUAUAACCAGUCAGGACGCCGUGGAAAGGGCCCAGCAGAUGAAAAAAGACCUACUUGAUAAACUAGAGAAAUUAGCUGAAGACCUCCCUCCUAACACCCUGGAUGAACUUAUCGAUGAGCUGGGUGGCCCUGAGAACGUUGCUGAGAUGACUGGCCGCAAGGGGCGGGUCGUAAGUAACGAUGAUGGAAGCAUAUCUUACGAGUCAAGGUCUGAGCUCGACGUGCCUGUGGAAAUACUGAACAUUACAGAAAAACAGAGGUUUAUGGACGGAGAUAAGAAUAUUGCUAUCAUCUCUGAAGCUGCCAGCUCAGGUAUUUCAUUACAAGCAGAUCGGAGAGCUAAAAAUCAAAGGCGAAGAGUUCAUAUGACUUUGGAAUUACCCUGGAGUGCUGAUAGAGCAAUUCAGCAAUUCGGACGAACUCAUAGAUCAAACCAAGUUACUGCUCCCGAAUAUGUCUUUCUGAUUUCUGAAUUGGCAGGAGAACAAAGAUUUGCAUCAAUUGUUGCUAAAAGGCUUGAGAGUUUGGGGGCGCUUACGCAUGGUGACAGAAGAGCAACAGAAUCUAGAGAUUUGAGCAGGUUCAACUUCGAUAAUAAGUAUGGAAGAAACGCUUUAGAAAUUGUCAUGAAAUCAAUUGUAAACCUAGAUUCUCCUAUGGUAUCGCCGCCUCCAGAGUACCCUGGGGAAUUCUUUAAAGAUGUUCGACAAGGACUGAUAGGUGUCGGCCUGAUCAACGUAGAAGAUCGCUCAGGAAUUCUCACUCUUGAUAAAGAUUAUAACAACAUAGGAAAAUUCUUAAAUAGAAUUUUGGGCAUGGAGGUGCAUCAGCAGAACGCCUUGUUUCAGUAUUUCGCCGAUACACUUACAGCAGUUGUUCAAAACGCCAAAAAGAAUGGAAGAUACGAUAUGGGAAUCUUAGAUCUUGGUUCUGGAGACGAAAAGGUGAGGAAAAGUGACGUUAAGAAGUUUCUGACUCCAGGGUAUUCAACGUCUGGCCAUGUAGAGUUAUACACGAUUAGUGUAGAAAGGGGGAUGUCCUGGGAGGAAGCCACCAAGAUUUGGGCUGAGCUGACAGGACCGGAUGAUGGCUUUUACUUGUCAUUGCAGAUAAGGAACAACAAGAAAACUGCCAUCUUGGUGAAAGAAGUGAAUCCUAAAAAGAAGCUUUUCUUAGUUUAUAGACCAAAUACUGGAAAACAGCUCAAAUUAGAAAUUUACUCUGAUUUGAAAAAGAAAUAUAAGAAGGUAGCCUCUGAUGAUGCCGUGGUGCAUUGGUUAGACCAGUACAAUUCAUCUGCAGAUACUUGUACCCAUGCUUACUGGCGUGGCAAUUGCAAAAAAGCAAGUUUGGGAUUAGUGUGUGAAAUAGGCCUUCGCUGCCGCACAUACUAUGUGUUAUGUGGUUCCGUCCUGAGCGUCUGGACAAAAGUGGAGGGUGUUCUGGCAUCUGUCAGUGGCACAAACGUGAAAAUGCAGAUAGUUCGGUUAAGAACAGAGGACGGACAGCGAAUUGUAGGUUUGAUCAUUCCGGCCAAUUGCGUAUCGCCUCUCGUAAACCUCUUGUCCACUUCAGACCAGUCGCAGCAGCUUGCCGUCCAGCGGAAACAGCUAUGGCAGCAGCAUCACCCGCAGAGCAUCACCAACUUGAGCAACGCAUGAAGGGCAGACAGGUUUCAACAUGGAUGUGUCUGGAAUGCCGUUUGAAGCAUAUCAUUUGCAUAAAAAUCAGGGACAGUUUCCAAAGAAUUAUAUAUAUUUUUUUCAGUUGUGCUCUCUUUCUCUAGUUAAUUUUUUUGGGAAUAAGGACAAGCCUGGAACAGAUAGCAGAGCUGAAAAUCAGCAGUGCCGAUGGUCUUUCCCUUUGCUUUUCCUGUGGUUCUUCUGUUUGCUUUGACUCUGGGUGAGCAGGGGGUGUGUGCGUGCGUGUGUGCGUGCGUGUUAGUCCGCUUGUUUGUGCGUUUCUCAAAGGCUACAAACCACAGUUGGUUUAAGAUGCUUGGAACUUCCCAAACUGGCUUUACCCUUAUGUUCUACAGUGCUCAGGGUUAAUGCAGUACAUCCAUGCCAUUGCUGGGGGGCUUCUCCCCGGAUGCAUGUAUUUUGAGUCUAUAAAUACAGAGAAUAUAUAUUGGUUUCUUUCCCGAACUUCUUAGGCAGUAGGCUUAUUAUAGCAUGAAAUGAAAGGUUGCAUAUCAUGCGUUCAGGUUCUUUUCUAGUUUUUGUUCCGACAUUGCAUGUCUUUGGAAGCAUGCAUAAACAAGAUUAACCAGAAGUCACGUAACGGGGAGAAACACAUUUGUAGAUGUACAGCAUUGGUUAUUGCAUUUUUAUAGUGUUUAUACCUGGGUAUUGCUUCUGACCUGCGAGCUCCUCGCCCCUCCUUCCCUCCGCUAGGUUUCUCUAAGUGCUGAGUACAUACCUUUUCUUGUGUGUGUGCGUGUGUGAUAAAACUCUGAAAAGUUCAUUUUAAUGUAUUUGAUAGUAUUCCUAAUGUCAGCUGCAAAAAUGGCUACAAGCCUGUUUUUUUUUUUUCCUUUAAAUUUACAUUUUCCUUAACUUAAAGAUAGUUUUAAAGAAG